CUCAUUUGUGUGUGUGUGUGUGUCAUCCCCACCCCAGAUGGAGAUGUCUGCGGGUCCAGCGCAGGGCACGCAGAGGACUGGUACGGUGAAGAGGAAGAUGUGGGGGGGUCUGAGGCAGCAGUGGAAGCUACUGGGCCUGUUUGAGAUCGACCAGCAGCACGAUUUCUACAGCCUCACCUCUAUGAUGAAGGAAGGCCUCUCUGCAGCCGUGCAGAACACCAUCGACAACCCACCACCGGAUGAAUUGUCGGAAGAUGACUACAGAUUGGAGGUCACUCAAAUACAUAAGGCCUUCAGAAUGGAGACGUUUGCAGGGCCAGUGUUUGCCAGCUUGCGUCGCUCCCUGGGGAUGACGGAAAAGGAGUAUCAGCACUCUCUCUCCAACGACGGUUCCUACCUGCAGUUCAUCAGCAACUCUAAAAGCAAGGCCGACUUCUUUCUCACGAACGAUAAGCGGUUCUUUCUGAAGACCCAGAACAAGAGAGAGGUGCAAUUCCUCCUGUCCAACCUAAGAAUCUACAUGGAGCACCUAGAGAAGUAUCCUCAUUCACUGCUGGUCAAGUUCUUAGGUGUCCACAGGAUCAAAAUUCCACAUAGGAGGAAGAAGUACUUUAUUGUAAUGCAGAGUGUUUUUUACCCUGACGAGCGAAUCAAUGCCAGGUAUGACAUCAAGGGUUGUGAGGUGAGCCGGUGGACAGACCCAGCUCCAGAGGGAAGUCAGGUUAUCGUUGUUCUCAAGGACUUGAACUUCGAGGGCCAGUACAUCACUCUGGACCAGCACCGUCCAUGGCUGCUCCGGCAGGUGGAGAUUGACACGUCGUUCCUGCAGAGACUCAACGUGCUGGACUACAGCCUCCUGGUGGCUCAUCAGCCCCUGCACCAGGAUGAACGCCACCAGUGCCUGUCCUUCGCCACCCUUAUCAUGCGCACUAAAAAGUCAGUGAUCACAUGCUCAAGCCCCACCCAUGCGGGCAUGCCCACUGUUCCGGGGGCGGUCCCAGAGGAAGAUUCCGCCCUGUUGGUAUCAGAGAUGGACGGCGGGACAGGAAGUUGCAGCGUUACUGAAUCACGGGUAGGAAGUGACCUGGGCAGUGCCCCUUCCGGGAGACCCUGUACUGAGCAGCCGGUGGGAAGGGUCACGGAUUCGAUGGAACUGCGAGACUUCCAGGCCCAGAACCGCCGGCUGCUGCCCAACUUCAGAAACCCACUGCACGUCAUUGACGGACCGGAACAUCGCUACUUUGUGGGCAUCAUCGACAUCUUCACUGUCUACAGCUUCAAGAAGAGGCUGGAGCAUUGGUGGAAGAGACUGCGGCACCCAGGGCAGGCCUUCUCCACCGUCAGCCCCCCCGCUUAUUGCCAUAGGCUCUGCCAGUGGGUACAGGACCACACCAGGUAGACUCAGAAAGAGGUCGAGGAUGAGGAUGGUUACUCCCACUAGCACGCUGUCUGCCCAGGGACACCCACGCACGCAAAUACACACACAAAGACUAGCAACUGUGACGCUGUUCAGAGACAUAAAGCUAUUCUUUUAAAGCACUGUAAUUUCAGAUUGACCAAGAGGCAGUUAUUUUCAUGUUUCCACGUAUCCAGACCAAAGCCAAAACGAACAUAAACCAUUAUAUGGAAAUAUAUUAUUCACCACAGCGGAUAAAUGGGUUCUCCUUCUUCAUAUUCUUUCAUUUUUUUUAAGUAACAAAGAAAAAGGUGCAACAUUUAAAAUCUAGUGCUAUGAAUUGAUUAGCUGAUUUUCCAAAGUAUAAUAGUUUUUGAAUUGUUGACGUUUAGUUCGUGAAUCAAUAAUGAAAACCAAAAUUAUUUUUCAAAUUUGCCAAAAAAACAUUUUUUUAUGUUUGACUCCUAUGGAUUUUUUUUCUCCUAAUUUAACUUUGACGUUUUGAUAAAUGUUGUAUAUUGUUGUAUGUUUUUUUUAAGUGCCUUUCUUACGCACUUCUCAGUAGUUGGUAUUCAGACUUACUUACGCACUUCUCAGUAGUUGGUAUUCAGACUUACUUACGCAGGUGGGUAACGGGCUUUGCAGUCGUGGUUCACAUGCGCGCGCUGAAUACGUACACCUUUAAAUACGGUGUACCUUUCAUUUAGACGACAGUCGUGGUUCACAUGCGCGCGCGCUGAAUACGUACACCUUUAAAUACGGUGUACCUUUCAUUUAGACGACAGUCACUAGAAUGGGUUCAGAAUAUAAGGAUCAAUGAAUGAAACCCAUCUAAAGAUAUGCAUAUUCGUGUCCAUUUCAGGACCAACUAGUCGACCAACUAGUUUAUUUAGGCACAUUUUGGGUUAAGAAAGUAUGUAUGAAUCAUAAAAAAGUACAGGGUUUGGAGAGCUUUUACACACUAAAUGCAGGUCAUUCGGAAAGUAUUCAGACCACUCGACUUUUUUCACAUUUUGUUACAUUACAGCCUUAUUCUAAAAUGGAUGAAUCAAUCUACACACAAUACCCCAUUAAGGGGUGGCAGCGUAGCCUAGUGGUUAGAGUGUUGGACUAGUAACCAAAAGGUUGCAAGAUCAAAUCCCUGAGCUGACAAGGUACAAAAUCUGUUGUUCUGUUCCCUGAACAAGGUAGUUAUCCCACUGUUCCUAGGCCGUCUUUGAAAAUAAGAAUUUGUUCUUAACUGACUUGCCUAGUAAAAUAAAUAAUGACAAAGCAAAAACAGGUUUUUAGACAUUUUUGCAAAAUGUCAACAAAAAACCCCUGAAAUAUCACAUUUACAUAAGCAUUCAGACCUUUUACUCAGUACUUUGUUGCAGCUCCUUUGGCAGCGAUUACAGACUCACUUUUCUUGAGUAUGACGCUACAAGCUUGGCACACAUGUAUUUGGGGAGUUUCUCCCAUUUGUUCUCUGUAGAUCAUCUCAAGCUCUGGAUGGGGAGUGUUGAGGCGCAGCUAUUUUCAGGUUUCUCCAGAGAAGUCCGGGCUCUGGCUGGGCCACUCAAGGAUAUUCAGAGACUUGUCCCGAAGCCACUACAGCAUUGCCUUGGCUGUGUGCUUAGGGCCGUUGUCCUGUUGGAAGGGGAAACGUCACCCCCAGUCUGAGGUCCUGAGCGCUCUGGAGCAGCUCUUCAUAAAGGAUCUCUUUACUUUGGUCCGUUCAUCUUUCCCUCCAUCCAGACUAGUCUCCCAGUCCCUGCCGUUGAAAAAUAUCCCGACAGCAUGAUGCUGCCACCACCAUGCUUCACCAUAGGGAUGGUGCCAGGUUUCCUCCAGACGUGACGCUUGGCAUUCAGGCCACCGUUCCUAGUCCGUCAUUAAAAAAUAAGAAUUUGUUCUUAACUGACUUGCCUAGUUAAAUAAAGAUUUUUAAAAAUCUAACUAAAGAUUGAUCAUUUAAUCCAUUUUAGAAUAAGGCUUUAACAAGAUGUGGAAAAUGUCCAGGAGUCUGAAUACUUUCUGAAUGCACUGUAUAUUGAUGGAUAAAAAAAUACAGUGGUUUGAUUCAUCGUGAAAGUUUAAGUUUAACCCAUGAAACUUUUUUAAUAUAUAUUUUUUAUUUUACCUUUAUUUAACUAGGCAAGUCAGUUAAGAACAAAUUCUUAUUUUCAAUGACGGCCUAGGAACAGUGGGUUAACUGCCUGUUCAGGGGCAGAACGACAGAUUUGUACCUUGUCAGCUCGGGGGUUUGAACUUGCAACCUUCCGGUUACUAGUCCAACACUCUAACCACUAGGCUACCCUGCCGCCUCUACACUCUAACCACUAGGCUACCCUGCCCCCUCUACACUCUAACCACUAGGCUACCCUGCCCCCUCUACACUCUAACCACUAGGCUACCCUGCCCCCUCUACACUCUAACCACUAGGCUACCCUGCCCCCUCUACACUCUAACCAC